GUGUAGCACUUUUUAUGAAAUCCCGCCUCCACUCUGUAAACCACACUUAUUGCUAUACUCCAAGACUUGACCGGACUAAACGCUUUGAAGAUGGAUGCAAACAUUGUAGUUUUGGGGACGGACAGCGUUGGCAAAUCUGCACUGACAGUCCGCUUCCUAACACGGAGAUUCAUCGGAGAAUACGGGGACAUAGAAACUAUAUAUAGUCAUCAUUUCAGCGUGGAUGGAAGAGAAUUGACUCUCUGCAUCUGGGAUUCACCUUAUUCUCAGCAGGAUCUGUCCACAAGUUCUUCCAUGUGUGAGAAGAGACUGCAGUGGGCUGAUGGCUUUGUGCUGGUGUACAGCAUCUGUGACCGGGCCAGUUUCAACAUGGUGACUCGGCUCAUUCAGACCAUCAAGACCACCAAGGACUACCUGGGGCUGGAGAAGGUGCCCAUCGCAAUCGUGGGCAACAAACGGGACCUCCACCACCGCCGAACAGUCCUCAGCGAGGAGGGCCGGAUGUUGGCCUUGGCCUCGGACUGCCAGUUCUACGAGGUGUCCGCCGCCGAGAACUACCACAGCGUGCUCAUGGUGUUCCACGGCCUGGUGGAACGCGUCAGGGAAUCGCGCUCAGUCGUCAAGAAAGCGGCCGGGAUCAAGGGCAUCGUGAAGAGCAUGUCGGCCGUGUUCGCCAGGAGACGCACCGACUCACUGUGACGACAGGGGGUUCUCAGUGGAGGAGACUGCACCUUUUAGGAGGGGGUGUUUGACACUGCCCCCGUUUUACAGAGAGGAGCUCUGGGAUGCUGGCUGAGGUCCCAGGCCAUGUCUCCCUGUGCUUAAGCUGUUUAAUGGAGGGUGGCUGGCUGUAGGGUAGUCUAGGAGGAUGAGAAUUACUCUCAUGCUGUCAGUCACAAAGGAAGCUGUGAGGAGGAUGAGGGCAUAUGUAAGCCAUUGGGAUAAAGGAGAAUCUGGGGUAGCCAUAGGGAAUCAAAUCCACACACAAUACCUCUUGAUUUUUUCAUUAGACUUUACUGAGAAGAUGUGAGGAUUUGCAUGGAUUCAAUAUACUAUCUGAUUCAGUGUCCUAAUGUCCAAUGUCCAUUACAAAUGUUGCCAUCAUGACAUGUUUGAAUUCUACACUAACAUUUUGAAAACCAAAGUUAUGUUGAAGCAGUGUUGUUUGAAUUGUCAAGGACUCUCAUUAUUCAUAUCUGAGGUCUUAAAAUAGUUCAGAGAUAACAUUGUUCUGUGAUUCUGAUACAAAUAUGGAAAAAAGACAAGUUAUCAAUUUUCCAAGGAUGUGUGAAGAAUUCAAUCUAUUUCAUAAAACUACCUUCAGGAACAGCAUUUCAAGCAACUUUGGUGCUUGGCUAGUGUUAGCACUUCUUUCUGUAAUAUCAGAUUCCAUAUGCAUUGAUUUUUAUUUCACUUGCAAAAGCACUUUUACAUUUUAGCUGGUAUUGAGGAGAUGAUCAACUGAAAAUGCAAAUCAAUUAUACUCAUUGGCCAGUGUACAUAUUAUGAAAUUAACUGAUGAUUAGUCUGUACAUACAAAACUGUAAAAAGAUAAUGUUCCUGUUGUGAAGUUUGAAAUGAAUAAAGUGGCUCUGGUUCUGACAUA